AUGCGAACAAUAAUUAAUAAUAAUAAAUUUAAUAUAAUUUCAUUAUUAUUAUUAAACAGAAACUAUUCAAUAAUACCGUUGUUAAUAUUAGGGUUAUUUAUUAAUAUUAAAGAGACUUUUUCUUUAUGCUAUUUUCCAAUUGAAAUACAAGGAUCAUAUAUAACACAAGGUUCAACAUUUAUAUCAAAUAACAAUAACAACAAUAAUAAUAAUAGUACAAUACAAUAUAAUCAAAUAAAUAUAACAGAAGAUUCAAUACCAAUAUUAGGUAUAUGCUAUCGUCGUAUUAUCGAUAAUAAUAUUAUAUUAAUGAUGAGUUCAGAUGAAACAACAUGCUAUAGAUGCUUUAAUAUUAAAUUAAUUUCAAAAAAUUUAUUAAGAAUAUUAACAACAAAUAAAGAUUUUAUAUUUAAAUGUUAUGCAAAUGAAGGAAAAGCUUUACAAUCAUGUCCUCAAGAUGAUGAUGAUAAUUUAAUUAUAGCAAAUAAUAAUAAUAAUAGUAAUAAUAAUAAUGAGAGAAUAUAUGACAAAAAGAAUUUCAAACAAUAUAACGAAAUUAUAUUAUAUAAAAAAUUAUCAUAUGAUGGUGAAAAAAUUCGUGGAGAAUAUUGUCCAUUUAACGGCCCCUAUAAAAUUUCUUAUUUUAAUAAUAAUAAUAAAGAAAAUAUAAUAAAAUGUACAAAAGAAUCAAAAUCUAAAUUAGAUAAUUGUCCAUCUGGAUCAUCAUUAAAUUUACGCUUACGUGGAUGUUCAUCAUUUAAUAGUCAUGAUGUAGUAUUGGAAUGUCUCGGACAUUGGGAAAAUAAGGAACAUGAAAAAUUUUUAGCUUUAAAAAAUUCAAAUUAUAAUCAAAAUUCAAAUGAAAAAAUUUUAUUUAAUGGAUUAGAAUAUAUUUGUGUAAAAUAUGAUGAAAAUUUAAAUAAUAAUGGUAUUAUAACAAUAAAAUUCUCUAAAGAUUCAAUAUGUUUAAUGAAACAAUUCAAUAAUAACGGUAUUAAUAAUCAAAUUGAACGUUUACAAAAAUAUUUACAAAAUGAUGAUUUAAAAAAUAUUAAUAAAGAAAAUGAAGAUAAAGAUGAAGAAUUAAAUGAAAUAUCAUUAUCAAUGGAAAUAUUACAAUUAUAUCCAAUAGAUUUUACGGAUAAAAAUUCAUUGAAAAGAAUGAACUCAUGUAAAUUUCCAAAAUUAUUACAUGGAAAUUGGGAGCACAUUAAUAUUAUGAACGAUUCACUUAUAUAUCGUGAUCAAAUAUCAUAUAAAUCAUAUACAAUGAAAUGUGUUGAGAAAUCUAUUGAUAAUAGUUUUUUGGUAUAUAGCCGUACACAAUGUGAUGAAGAAAUUUAUCAAUGCAUUAAAAUUAAAAUUCGUGAUCAAAAUAUAAUUGAAUUUCAAAUUGGUAUUACCCAAUCACAAAUUGAUGAUUUAAAAAUAUGUAAUGAAGAAAAUUUCAAUAUGGAUCAUUGGAUAACACAAAGUAGAGAAGAUGAUAAUUAUAAAUUUUCAGCAUGCCCAAUUAAUGGUAUUUAUCACGGUAUAAUACCGGAUGCACCAAAUUUGUGUGCAAAAUUAAUAUCAAAUUGUAAAUCGAAAGAUGUUAUGUUUUAUGAAGUUUAUUCAUGUGAUUUUCAUGAAAUCUAUGAAGAGAGAAAAUAUCGAUGCCUUGGUCAAUGGAAAGAUGAUAAAUUUGUUUAUACCUAUACAAAACGUUUGGAUGUAUUGACAUAUGAAUGUUUUAUCGGAGCACAAAUUAACCAUGAUAUAAUAUUUAUUAAAGAAGCUGGAGAGCAUUGUAGUCGUUUAAUAGAUCCAUUAAAGCAUGGAAUGGAAUUGAAUAAAAUUGGUUAUUGUAGCAACAAUACUGAAUUAAAUAGUGAUCACAAUAAAUAUGAUAAUAAAUAUCCUGGUAUUAUUAUAAAUGUUACAUUAAAUGAUAAUUUUCCAUCAAUUUUAACAACAAAUACAGAUGAUAAGGAACAACAAAAUUAUUAUGUUGACCAAGAAAAAUAUAAUCAGGAAAAAAAUCAAGAACAACAAAAUCAACGUAAUAUUAAAUUAUUAAAAACUUAUAACAAUAAUGAGGUAUUUAUACCACCACCAUCUCAUAUUAUAUCGGCAAUAUUAAAGGAGAAUACAAAAUUACGUGAACAAAUGAAUUUAUUUAAUAAUAACAAUAAUAAUAAUAAUGAUUAUAAUAAUAAUAGUAAUACAGUAAUGGCAUCAACAAUGACAUUAUUAAAAUCAUUAGAUUAUUUUGAUAAUAGUGAUGUGAAUAACAAUUACAAUAAUAGAAAAAGUGAGCUUAAAUAA